ACAACAUCCUGUAACUGCAAGCCGAUAUUGGAGGUGGAGCAAUUAAUGCGAAAACCCCACACCCCCCCUCCUCCCUGCCUCCAAGCUCCUCCUACUCCAUCGUCAUGGCGAUGAGCAGUGAUCCUGGUUACGUGGGGGAGGACCCUGACCCAGACUCCUCCCAGGUAGCGGAGUUGACUGACAAGAUGUCUGUGGUGUCGCUAAGGUCUGAUCCCUCUUCCAGUGUAGUGAAGAAUGGGACAGGUGUUAAGAAGAGGCCACACCUGUCAGGCAGGAAGAUGUCAUUGCAGGAGAGAGGAACAUACGUGUCUUCUGGGAGCGGGGCUGACCGCUAUUCCCGAAUAGCCAGACAACCAACCAUUGAGUCCAAGCGAGUGUCCAUCUCAGACUCGCAGGAUUGCAUCCAGCUUAACCAGUACAAGUUAAAGAGUGAGAUUGGGAAGGGCUCAUAUGGUGUUGUCAAGCUGGCGUACAACGAGGAUGAUGACAAAUAUUAUGCAAUGAAAGUAGUAUCUAAGAAGAAGCUGAUGAAACAGUAUGGUUUUCCCCGCCGCCCUCCUCCCCGAGGUCCUAAAGCAGCCCAGGGGGUGCAGCCCAAGGUGCUUGGUCCUCUGGAGAGAGUUUACCAGGAGAUAGCCAUCCUGAAAAAACUGGACCACCUCAACAUAGUUAAAUUGGUUGAGGUGUUGGAUGAUCCAGCGGAGGACAGCCUUCACAUGGUGUUUGAGCUGAUGCAGAAGGGCCCUGUGAUGGAGGUCCCCAGCGACAGUCCGUUCAGUGAGGACCAGGCCCGCCACUACUUCAGAGACAUUGUUCUUGGCAUCGAGUACUUGCACUAUCAGAAGAUUGUUCACAGAGAUAUCAAACCAUCUAAUUUAUUACUGGGAGAUGACGGACAUGUCAAGAUUGCAGAUUUUGGGGUUAGUAACCAGUUCGAGGGUAAUGAUGCCUUGCUCUCCAGCACUGCUGGUACUCCUGCCUUCAUGGCCCCAGAGACGCUGUCGGACAACCGCAAGAGCUUUAGUGGAAAGGCUCUGGAUGUGUGGGCUAUGGGAGUGACCCUCUACUGUUUUGUUUAUGGGAAGUGCCCAUUUAUUGAUGAGUACAUACUGGCACUUCACAAUAAGAUCAAGAGUAAGCCGGUGGAGUUCCCGGAGACGCCAGCUAUCAGUGAGGGGCUGAAGAAUCUGGUCUCACGAAUGCUGGACAAAAACCCAGACACCAGGAUCCCUAUUCCUGAGAUCAAAGUGGACCCCUGGGUGACUCAGGAUGGCACUGACCCUUUGCCUUUAGAAGAGGAGCACUGUACUGUAGUGGAGGUCACCGAAGAAGAGGUGCAGAAUUCAGUCAAGUUUGUCCCCAGUCUGUCUGCUGUGAUUUUGGUCAAAGCCAUGUUAAGGAAGCGUUCUUUUGGGAAUCCAUUCGAGUGUCCCAGCAGGAGAGAAGAGAGAUCCAUGUCUGCACCCGGCAGUCUGCUCAUGGACUCUUGGCCGUUCCGGCCCUCUUUUAAACUCCAGCCCUCAUUAAGAAAAGGGAGCAGUGGAGAGGCUGGUAGAGAAGUGGAGCUCGAGGACUUACAUGAGGACGAACCACCUACCUUUUGAGUGUCUUCAUAGAUCCUGAAGAGUUCCCCAUUGUCCUUCCAUCCCUUCGAGCAGAAGAUGAUCAUGACCCAAACGGCUCAACUACACUGUUUCCACCGACUUGAGGCUUACCUUGACACUGAACUGGAUUCUGCUAUUGCUAGUCAUCCUUCAGGCUUUUCAUCUCUGUCAGUCUUGCACAAGAAUCACUUAUGGUUCUCAUGAAACCUGGCCUUGAUAAUCUGGCUGAAAACGAUUCUUUCUCCUUCGUACUAUUUGGAUCUUUCCAUCCUGGUCCUCUCAUCCUGGCUAAACUAGUAGAUUUUGUAUGGAAUCUAUAUUAGGCCAGAUUUGUUUGAAAGACAGACUAUGCCACAAGCGUUCUAGUGCAUAAGACUACAGCAUGGAAAAAAGAUGUGAUUAACUUAGUAAGCUGUUGAUACAGUGUGCUGCCAUCAUAACCUCUGUACAUGUGUAGAAAAUAAUAGCAAUGGCAUCUUGCCUUUUUUGUAUAUGUUAAUGUGCAAUUCUUAACCCUAUCCAUCAAUAGCAUGCCUGAAAUAUGGCCUUCUCCAUAUAAUGGUGGUUCCAUAUCUCUGUUGCUUUCCUUUUCUUUCAUACCAUCAAAUUUUCCGAUUUUUUUUCAGAUACUAUGUAUAAACACACACAGUGUCGUACUGUGAAACAAAGGGGCUUAUGUAACUACUAGAUACUAAAAGAGGCUCUUGUCUGGACAUUCAGUCGAUUCUAGAAAACAGGGCUUUCUCAUACAGCGUGUUUGAGCGCUCUGUAUAACUAUUAUCUAGAACAGGGCUUAUUUUCCAUGUUUGUGAAUGUCACAAAUGCUUCAUUCGGAUCGCACCGGAUGCAGGGCUCUCGUGUUGCAGCGCUUUGUCUCUCUGCAGGAACAGAAUGUGUCAUUGUUUACCGAGUCUUCACAUUCCAAAAGGCCUGUUUGUCAGUCAGCGGUGCUUACGGGCCCUCGAACACACACGCAAACAUGCCACCAAGGCGAGCGAGUGUGCGCUGAUGCGGAAAGAGAGGGAGUCAGUUUCACUCAAAACAGACAAGCCAAUUGAGGGAAGGAUCUGAAUAUGGUGUUUAGCUGUGCAACGAAAAUAAACUGCCAUUCAGUGUCAUCCUGGUCCCUCUCGGCCUGCAGCUCCGUCCAAAACAAUACGCCCUUGUUUACAUCGGAUCGUCUGCCAGGCGAAUCCAUUAUGCCCUGUUUUUGAAAUCACAUAUUGAAAGUGCACAGAGAGUCUGAGUUGGCCGAACAUUGUAAAGGCACAUUGAUGAUCGAGAUAUUUAAUUACCAGAGCAGAGCAUUCAUAUUAAUUCGAUUUUUAGCAUUAUGAAGCUCUCACUGUGCAUGUUUCCAUUUUAAAAGGACAGUUCACCCAGAAAUUAAAUAGUAUUAAUAGCAAAUACUUGCCAAUUGAGACCAGUGCUUAAAAAUGUGAGACAGGCUGAAUAAAAAUGACAAAAGUCAGUGGCUCAAAAGCAGAAAUGCCCCAUUUACCCUGGUAUUCUUAAUGCUGUGCAGUGUCCUGUCUCUGAUGCCCAGUCAUCAUGGAAAAAAAGGAAGUCAAACCAUAUUUACAUGUUUUCAAAAAGCCAUUCCGAUUUUUGUCUUUAUUAUUGAGAUUAUCAAAAACACUGGAUUCUUUGGCUGUUGUUCACGUUUGCUUAGCAAAAUAGUCUGUUUGUGAGCGCCACUAAGUCACAGUUUUAUGUGACAACAAUGGCCCAUGGCAUGUGAUCAAAAGUGCAAAUAUUAUUGGUUGGCCAGUUUUCUUCUCAGUGCAAUGGCCAUGAACACCUCUUCAUAAAAAUAAAAAAUAAAAGAGUUGCAUUAAUGGUAUGCAAAUGAUUGUGACAGUCUGAACAGACACAUUCAUUCAAAUACUUUUAAAUGAAUGUUUAUCAUACCAAAUAUUUGUCUUUAUGUGAACAGGCCUUUCCCCGUCAUAUAUUUCCAAACUUUUGAAAGGAGAUAUUUCGCAGAAUGUCUAAGCUGCUCAUGUAAUGCAAUCGGAUGGGUCACCAACCAUUCCCCUUUUAUUGUAUAGAUAAGAGCAGCUUUGACUAUUUCAGGGUGAACUGCCCCUUUAAUUAAUUCAUUUUACAAAAAUAAAAAUGGACUCAAUCAGGUCAGCUGCCAAUUAUUUUCAGUUAACUGAUAUUACAUAAGCAGUGAUUGCUUAGAGGAAACCUUUAACAAAUGUCACUCAUUUAGCAGAUUCAUUAUGGCUAAUAUAAAGACCGCUUUCAUUAUAUUCUCACUAAUAUUCUGAGCAGAUGGUGGUCCAUUUUUCGGAUUCCUACACAUUCUUCCCUUCUUCUCUCGAUGACCCUCUCGAUGUCUCUUGAGAUUGCUUCUUGCCCACAAACUGAAUUACACAGGAAAACCAUUUUCAGUGCCAAACGACUAGUGUUUUUGGGGAUUUGUUUAUAUGGAGUAUUUGAUUAAAUGGAGUCAUGUUUCUGUCGUGUAUUGAGACUUCUGUAUGUGGUACUCAGGGUCUGGACACUGCUGUUUGGGAAAUACAGAGAGAAUGGAGUAGCAUAUUCUAUGUUCAGGAGCUGUAAGGUGUUUAUGUGUAGAAAUUCAUCAGAUGGUUUUAAAUAAUGCCCCUCGUUCUCUUAUAUGUGUGAGUUUGCAAACUCAUUUGUCCAUUCUGUCUCAAAUGCACAGUAGUCUUCUUGAUGUACAGUAUGCUAUGCACCUGUUAGUGUCUCGACAUACGGCAUGUCCCUUAACGUAUAACCUUUUACAGACUUCUCUCUAGGUUUGUUUAUUCCUUUUGAUAUCUAUCCGAGGCAAAACAACUAAUGUUUAAACCCCUUUAAAUUGUUUCCUGCAGGACUUUUGUAUAAGCUAAACAUAUGCAUCAGCCAAUAUGCCAUACCUCUGUCUGAGCAAUCAACUCAAGUGUGAAGGCUUUAUUUCCUUUUCCAGGUUUCGGCUCAUGUGCAAUAGAUGAGGUUUGAUCAUUUGUCUACCCACAUUUAAAAAGGUUUCUCUUACUUAAAGGAGGGUGCUUUGUAGCUGCAAAACAUUCUUACUAUGAAAGCUUUAUGCUUUUUUAAAAUUCCCUUUCUUGAUUUAAAAGUAUAUCAGAAUUGUAUAUAAACCGUAAAACACUGUCUCACUCAUACCUACAGUUUGAACUGCCCAGUUAUUUGUGUCAGAGUGCCUGAUUUUGCUGGUUAUUUAUAGACGUAUAUAUUCUGCUGCAUUGAUCUGAAUGUAACGGUUAAAAAAAUUCAAAGACAACAGAAAAAAAUAAGAGCAUGUCCUGAGAAAACACUGAAUGCAACUCUUACUUUGUAAAUAUGUACCAAUGCAUAUAAAGAUGCUAUUUUUUGCAUGCUUUUUGUACACAUAGACAUAAUCAAAGAAAAUAAAGAUAUCACAGGGGA